AUGUACGCAUCUCGAACAGCCUGUUCAAGAUGCUCAUCACAGUUGAGAUCAGUUCCGACCUCAGCCAAGCGGCUUGGGGCUGCAGCUUCGUAUUCAACCACAGCUGAUAUUCCUGAUACACCCAGGAUCAGAACAAGGACAGCUUCACAGUCAGCCAACACCAGCAGAGAGUCAAAACAAACCCACAAUGGGCCGAUAUCAUGGGCCAAUGCAUUCAAUCAUAAGCAGAAAUCAGAGCAGGACCCUGCAUUGGCACUUUUCAAAGAAAUCGUGAGCCGUGCCGAUCAUGAAGCUACCCCAAGCACCGAGGCUGUCAGUGGACCUAUGCCUGUAGUCACUGAGAUUGAAAUUAGCGCAAGACUCAAGGAAGUCAUGUCUAGAGGGUUCAACCCCAAGGAGCGCUAUAACAUCUUCCGCGAUGAAAUCUGGCCCAGUAUCGUCGGUCUUGAAGGCCAGAUCCCCAAGACUAUCUACACAGCUGUAACCCAACUGCUCAGCAGUGAGUGUGAACACAUGUUUCAAAAUGGUCUAUUCAAGAACAGCCACGAUAUAGCUGAGAAGUACCGGGCGCUUGGGGACUAUAGCCUUCGCAUACGAAACGAUCUCAUUCUCAACAUGUGUGCCAAGCUCUUGCAGCACAAGAAUGAGUCCAAUGGCCGCACCGCAAUAAGGAUGGAGAUUCUCAAAAUGUGGCAGCAUAUUUCUCAGCUCAAGCGACCCAGUGAAGCCGAUAAGGAGGCGCGCUUCGCACUACCCAGCGUCACAGAGGUGUUGAAGGAUGCGGAGUAUAGCAGGGAUGACUCGACGGCGCAAGCAGGGACACAGGCAUCUCGAGCGUUGGCCUCUUUGUUCCUUCAACUACCACCGCCACAAGCCAUUGAAGUCAUCCCUUCACUACUGGCUACCCUCGCUAUCACUUCAGAUAACAGAUUUUCUGGCUCUGACUACAGGACGCAGUUGUCGCCUUUACUAAUACUUGUCCGAGCGGUGCUCUCCAAGUACAAAAUCAAACAAGCUGAUAUCGAUAAUAUCGUAUCAAAAACCUCAAAACUUCCCCCCGAGAAGCUGACCACAGUCAAGGAGUAUGCCACGCAACAAUGGGCUCUUGCAUCAGAUAUGGUCAUGGGUGAAUCUCAAGCCUGGGUGAAAGCCUCAUCUCAGGGUCCAUAUCCGGGGGCGAGAACCAGUGUCAACGGCUUUCACAAGCAAUUACGAACAGCUUAUAGGGCACGCAACAAAAGUGCCGUUGGAUCUGUGUGGGACAACAUGUUAGUGGCCUUGCGCGACAACCCAAGUAUCAAACCCCAGCUGGCUCAAGAUCGUGAAUUCCUCGAUUUUUGGAUCUUUGUGUGGUGUGCAAUUCGUCGUUAUCCAAGAGUUCAGGAGACACUGGACCUAAUGCGCUCGCUUGAUGUCGAGCCAACAGUCAGAACAUAUACAAGUAUGUUGCACGGAUGGAAGAUGUGCAAGGAUAUUGGCAAGAUCGAGGCAUUAUGGGAUCAACUUGUCAAGUCUGGCAUGAAGCUCGACAGUGUCAUCUGGACUGAGCGUGUGUCGGCGCUUAUUGAGCUCGGCCAGCAUCGCAAAGGUCUACAGGCCCUCGCGGAGAUGGUAGAAAACUGGCAACGCGCAGUUAAGAAAGGAAAACAGUCUCAAGCUGUUGAGCCUAGUAUCGAAGCCGUCAACGCUGCCUUCAAGAGUCUGUUGAAUACAGACCCCAAGGCCGCACACGAUCUGCUGGCGUGGGCUGGAAAACAGGGUCUCGCUCCAAAUACUCGCACCUACAACAUCAUCAUCCGCGAGACGAUUCGCAUGGGCCAUCACAAGAACCUCGGCGAGCUCUUACAGUCUAUGCAGAAGGAGGGCAUCGAGCCUGACUCGGCUACCUUUACCAUUCUGCUCGAGUCUCUUAUUGGGCGUAUGGAUGAUGCCAGUGCUGAGGAGCAAGUUGUUGCUAUCAAAGAAGUCUUCAACCAUAUUGAGCAAGCUGAACUCAAGCCUAAUCUCGAGACAUAUGGCAAGAUGCUUUACGCUCUGGAUGGUCUUCCCAACUGCUCUGACGAUGUUGUUGCUGCCCUGCAGCAACAUAUGCGCGACAACGGCUUUGGUCCUGUUCUAACACCUCACAUGAUCACUAUUCUGGUUGAGCGCGCGCUUCGUCAUGAUCCUCCUGAUAUCAACAAGAUCCGCACUCUACUCAAGGACAACAAUCUGACAAAGGUGUCCAGCGGCGACCAGACCCUGUGGGAGCGAGUCAUGACCGCCCACGCCAUCGGCGGUGAUGUUCGAGAAGCCAUGUCUAUCUUUGACGAUCUCGCCGAUGCCGGCCGCCCUGUCACAUCGCUCUCGUGUCUCAAGGAUUUGAUGCAAGCGCUUUUGGAAAAUGAAGACACGGAGUCGGCCAAGAGAGUCGUGGAUGUUGUUCUCAAGGAUAAGCUUCAUGAUAGGGAGAGCAAGAGUGCGAAUGAGCGAUACUGGAGACAUCAUUUCUGGUUUCUGGCUCAGACCAAUGGUUUGAUAGACAGCCAGAAGUUGAGGCAGUAUGCGCGUUCAUAG